UUUUUCCCUGUGCGUUUGGUUGCCCGGAAGAUCUUCAUGGUGCGUGAUGACGUCACGACCGUGCGUGCCUCCGUCUGCUUCCGCCGUCCAGCUUCUCGCUCGCGUUUUUUUUUUUUUUUUCCCUGGGAGUAAACCGGGGCUGCGCUCUUCGCUGCUGCACCAACAAACCGACAAGAACAGCGGCGAUAUAAAACAGAAAGAAAACGAAGGAAGGAAAAGAAACAACGCGUGGAUUUAAAUAAAAGAGAAAGAAGAAAAAAAACACAACAACACGAAAACUUACGACCCCAACAUCAGGAAGAAUCCCUCCCCGCGCUUCCUCGAUGGAUCCCAAGCGUGUGAGCGUCUGAUCCGCGCUUGAUCUCAUGGUGAGGCUCCUCUCUCGCCCUGACGUCUUGGUUUAGCCAGGAUCCAAAAUGAGCAUAAGCAGCGAUGAGGUCAACUUCCUGGUCUACAGAUACCUACAGGAGUCGGGAUUUGCUCACUCAGCGUUCACAUUUGGCAUAGAGAGCCACAUCAGCCAGUCGAACAUCAACGGUGCGCUCGUUCCCCCUGCAGCGCUGAUCUCCAUCAUCCAGAAGGGCCUCCAGUAUGUUGAGGCUGAGGUCAGCAUCAACGAGGAUGGCACUUUAUUCGACGGCCGUCCGAUCGAGUCCCUGUCGCUGAUCGACGCCGUGAUGCCCGACGUGGUGCAGACGCGUCAGCAGGUGUACCGCGACAAGCUGGCGCAGCAGCAGCAGGCCGCGCCGGGGACGGCGGGAGGCGGCGGUGGCGCCACCAAGAACGGCGAGAGCACGGCGAACGGAGAGGAGAACGGAGCGCACGUCUUAUCUAACCACCACUCGGACAUGAUGGAGGUGGACCGGGCAGUGGAGAUUCCGUCCCAUAAGGCCAUGGUGCUGCGUGGACACGAGUCCGAGGUGUUCAUCUGCGCCUGGAAUCCGGUCAGCGACCUCCUCGCUUCAGGCUCCGGGGAUUCGACGGCGAGGAUCUGGAACCUGAGCGAGAGCUGCUCUGGAGGCUCCACCCAGCUGGUGCUGCGCCACUGCAUUCGAGAAGGAGGACAGGACGUCCCGAGCAACAAAGACGUCACCUCACUGGACUGGAAUAGCGAAGGUACGCUGCUAGCUACCGGCUCCUAUGACGGUUUUGCCAGAAUAUGGACUAAAGAUGGAAACCUCGCCAGCACUUUAGGCCAACACAAGGGACCCAUUUUCGCUCUCAAGUGGAACAAGAAAGGCAACUUUAUCCUGAGCGCCGGCGUGGACAAGACCACGAUUAUUUGGGACGCGCACACAGGGGAGGCCAAGCAGCAGUUUCCUUUCCAUUCAGCUCCGGCUCUUGACGUGGACUGGCAGAGCAAUAACACGUUCGCCUCAUGCAGCACAGACAUGUGCAUCCACGUGUGUAAACUGGGCCAGGACCGACCGGUCAAAACAUUCCAGGGUCACACGAACGAAGUGAACGCAAUUAAAUGGGAUCCAACUGGCAGCCUCUUGGCCUCCUGCUCCGACGACAUGACGCUAAAGCUGUGGAGUAUGAAGCAGGACACGUGCGUUCACGACCUGCAAGCCCACAGCAAAGAGAUCUACACCAUCAAAUGGAGUCCCACGGGCCCCGGAACCAACAACCCCAACGCCAAUCUGAUGCUGGCUAGCGCGUCGUUCGACUCCACGGUGCGGCUGUGGGACGCCGAGCGCGGCAUCUGCGUCCACACGCUGACGCGACACCAGGAGCCCGUCUACAGCGUCGCGUUCAGCCCCGACGGCCGGCACCUCGCCAGCGGCUCCUUCGACAAAUGCGUGCACAUCUGGAACACACAGAGCGGCGCCCUGGUAAACAGCUACAGAGGGACAGGCGGGAUUUUCGAGGUGUGCUGGAACUCCACCGGAGACAAAGUAGGAGCGAGCGCUUCGGACGGAUCGGUUUGUGUAUUAGACUUGCGGAAAUGACACCAGGGGGGGAAGCCUUGCACCAACAACAAACGUGCACCUCGCCAAAUUCACGGCUGAACCGAUCCACGCCGGGAAAUCGCCCACGCGCCUCAAAUCUUUUUCUUUCUUUCUUUCUUUUUUUGUUUUUUUUGUCGACGUGUUCAAUUCCCUUUUUCUGCCAUUCUGAAAACAAAAGACAGAUUAGCGUCGCCGAGCGAAAGCGUCCGAACUCAACACUGAACCUAAAGACAUCUUUGUAAUUAUGCGAAGUCAAAUAGGCUCCGCCCACGAGACUUGUUACGUUUUGAUCAUACGAGCUAUGCAAUGUUACGGCUGUUCGAACCAAUUUAACGUCCCAGAAAAAAAAAAAGUCAAAUCUGAAUUCGGACUGCGCAGAACAGUUUCGAGUCGAGAUCAUGACUCAAUUUUUGUAUUCAGUCUCUGAUCUUGUUUUUCUUUUUUUUUUUUUUUAAAUCUUUUUCUCCUGUGCAUUGAUGUCUAUCUGGCCCCCAAAAAAAGGUUCUCAUCCGGAGGUUCUUGUGUGCAGCAUCCUCUCACGUGUUUCUAUACCAUUAGACGCUCAUAGAUCGCCGCCCCCCCUUCAAGUCACCGAAGCGAAAGGAGUUUCUUUCCUGCACUUUAGAAACAACACACAGAAAUCCGUGGAGCACUUAAUCCUAAAAACCUUCGACGCAAAAUAAAUCGCUCGUGUAUUGACUUGAA